CCGCUCAUGACCGACUACGUUGCCCGUCCGGACGACGAGGGAGAUGUACUGCUGCCUCGGCGGUCAGGACGACUAGUUGUCGAUGAGGAUGGGAACUACUCCUACUCUUACGGACCAAAGGGCCUUCAGGGAUUGCUGCACAAUCGCUACGCCCUCGGAUGCGCGGUGUUCGCGUCGAUCGGGGGAUUGACGUUCGGAUACGACCAAGGCGUUAUUGCCAACGUCUUGGUGAUGAAAGACUUCGAGAAACGAUUCCCUAUCGACGCAUGGCAGAAGGGUCUCAUGACUGCGGUACUGGAACUCGGCUGUCUGUUUGGUGCGCUGGCCGCAGGGACACUCGCAGACCGUUACUCUCGUCGGCAUUCAAUCUUCUUUGCGUGUGUCGUGUUUUGCAUCGGUGCUGCGUUUCAGUGUGGCGCCGUCACAUUUGGAAAUCUCGUCUUUGGUAGGGCCGUGGGCGGUUUAGGAGUCGGCGCGCUGAGCAUGCUAUCUCCGCUUUACAUGGCAGAGAUCAGCCCACCAGAGCUUCGAGGCUCACUCAUGGCGCUUGAACAGUUGGCCAUAGUCUUCGGGGUCGUCCUCGGAUUCUGGACGGGAUACUUCACUCGUGACGUAUCUGGCUCGCUGUCGUGGCGUAUCCCACUCGGCAUACAGCUUCUUCCUGGUCUCCUUCUUAGCAUCGGAUGUAUCUUCUUACCUCCCUCUCCUCGAUUACUGGUAUCGCAGGGUCGGAUCGCUGAAGCUCGACGGUCCCUCGCAAAACUACGGAAUAUGUCUGACGUCGACUCAGACCUGCUCUUACGGGUUGAGUUGCUCGAGAUGCAGGUUGAAGCCACCCUCGUGGAGCAGUCUACGGGUGCGAGCCCGAAGAAAGGUCUGCAUGCCGAAGUGCACGCUUGGGCCCGUCUGUUCAGCAAGAAGUACAUCGAUAGAACUCUAGUCGGUGUUCUGAUGAUGUUCUUCCAGCAGUGGUCCGGUAUCAACGCUCUGCUGUACUAUGGCCCUACACUUAUUCAAAGUAUCGGCCUGCGUGGUGACGGCGUGUCGCUCAUAGUCGCUGGCGGCGUCAGCAUCGUCCAGAUGAUAGGGGUAUUUCCCGCUAUUGUCUAUAUCGACAGCCUCGGUCGGAGACCCCUGCUUAGAGGCGGAUCCGCUGUCAUGGCCUCGGCGCAUCUCGUUAUCGCACUUCUGGUCUGGCAAUACCAAAGCGACUGGGCGAAACACGCGCUGGCGGCAUGGUUUGCCGUCGGCUGCGUAUACCUCUUCACUGCUGCGUACUCCGUCAGUUACGGGCCGAUUGGCUGGGUCCUUCCGAGCGAGGUAUUCCCGCAAUCGAUGCGAAGCAGGGGCGUGUCGCUCUCUACGGCAUCCAACUGGCUCAACAACUUUAUCAUCGGGCUCAUCACUCCGGGGCUUAUGGAGCUCUCCGCCUCCGGGACAUUCCUACUCUUCUCCUGUGCUUGUUUCGCCGGCUAUCUAUGGUCGACGUACCGAGUCCCCGAGACCGCGAACGUGCCCCUGGAGGAGAUCGACUCCGUAUUCCGCACUUCCGCCGGUCUAGAGGAGGUGGAGCGACGGCGGCAGAUUGAAACCGAUCUUGGUCUUCACGAGCUUCUUCGGGAAGCACAGGCAAGGGACUAG